GAGGUGGUUGUGCUUCAGAGAGACAGAGAGAGAGAGAAAUAAUCCGCGUCCUAACGAUCCCAUCGACGAGUCAGACGGCCAGCCUCCGAUCGUUUGUAGUUGGACCAAAGCAGCAUUAAGAAAAAGUGAAAUUACGCCCAACACACACCAUGGCGGUCAAAUUCGUGUCAGCGUUGCUGCUUUCGUCGCUCGUUCUGCUGUUGGUUGAUUUCGAAUCAGCCGAUGCGCUGCGCUGCUGGCGGUGCUCGUCGGAUGCCUCGACGGCGGCGUUCUGCGACGAUCCGUUCACGCAGGACAUCAUCACGGACCAGCAGCGGCGGUGGAGCUACGUCGACUGCAGCUACCCGCCGCAGACGAAUCCUUUCAAUCAGCAGAACCAACCGACGCGAGCGGUCUGCAAAAAGAUGAGGCAAAUCAUCAACGAUCGUGUCGUGGUGUCGCGUUCGUGCGCUUUUGAGGACGUCAACUCACCGCCGAACUCUUGUCUGAACGCCCAGACCCCAUCGUACAUCCGGACGGAGUUCUGCGAAACCUGUACUACCGACGGUUGCAACGGAGCGGCUGAAUACGGUCCGGCUGCCUUGGUCGUUCUCGUCAGUGCCUUGGUAGCGAAGCUGCUGGCCUGGUAAUCACAGAGUGGAAUGUUAUCGUUAAAUCUGCACCAAUCUCCAGCAACACCUCUAUAGAAUCUCAUAUCGCACCGGUUCUCUCACCAGAUCAUGCUUUGCGACGCUGUAAGCGUCAGAUAAGAGGAAAAGAAGUAUUUUGGGUAAAAAAAAAUUAAAACACAAACGCAAAUGUUUCAUUGCAAAACAGAACAUCACAAGCUUAAGUGCUAGGUUGGCAGUGUUCGGUGGCAAUUGGUUUAGUAAUUACGACUACAUACACUAGGAUUAGCGUAACUGGAUAAGCCGUCAAAUCGAUAACGAACAAUGUACAAAUUACCAUACCCAUUAGCAGUAAAACGCUGCGGAAACGCACCAGAAAACGGUAAUGAUACAGUUCAAAACCACAUAGCCCAACUCAGACGUUCAACAUUAUUGGUUCCGAUGGUGACGAUCGAUCGGCGACCAUAAAAAAUAGCGUUUUGU